AACUUUCCCGAUUUCUAAAACAAUAGUGCCGUGUUAUUUAAUGGUUAUUUAUGAUUAUGACAGUUUUUGUGACAUGUUGCUAAUCGUGUAAUGAGUGUGUCAUGUGAGCGUGGAUUGCGGACUCGCGAAUUGCUACUGUUUAUCUUUUUAUGGUUAGGAACAAAUGUCACAAUGGACAGGUCGAUGCGAUGAGGUCGGCGCUGGCGCUGACGCUGCUCGUGAUGGCGACCGCGGCCGCUGCGCAACUGCCUCCUGCCGACGCACCCCUCAACGACACACGCUGCGGCACAGAGUGUGUGAGGUGCGCAGCGGACGGUUGCAUCAAAUGCGCCCGGCUGCUGGUCUGGCCGGGUGGCACUUGUGCGCAUUCCUGCCCCUCCGGCUCGCGCGAGGCCUGGGCACACGAUGACCACCUCAUGGGCCGCGUCUGCUACCCCGCCAAUACUUAUAAUGAGGUGUUAGUUGGCGGCGCGUGUGGUGUAAUUGUCUGCGUGCUGCUAGUAGUCGCCGGCGCGACGUACGCGCGUUGCCGGAGCGGCGCACGGGCGCGCUCGCAACCGCUGCCACAACCUGGGCUGGACGACGACACGCGGCUUAGAGAGUUCCACAAACAGCUGGACUGCUUGCGACCACACGCCUACACGUUGCUAGCGAUAUUAAAUCACACCCGGCACCAGGUCCGGGAACUUUACCAGCUGGGCAACACCGAUGCCGCAAUGGCUUACAGUUGCGUGAUGAGCGACCUGGCGAAGCUGCUUAUUUUGUUGAAUAAGCAGCAAGUGCCCGUGGUGCCUGAGGAAUGGCAACGGCUUGCCAGCUGGGCUGAAAGAAUAUUAAAACGCUACAGCCGCAACCCACUACCGCCGCAGUCGCAAGAGCAUCAACUAGUGAAUUUCCUCUCGCCCCCACCGAGCCAAAGCUCCGACUCUGAGAUCACUCAGCAGUCCUUCUCUACUUUUAAGCCCCCUUCAUACUCUCCAACGUCAUACGACAGCACUUUGGAUAAAGAAUUAGAGAGCCAAUGGGCGGACGUCCGGCCGCCUAGCUACUCGCAGAUAGAGAAAGAGAAAGAGACAAUAGUCCUCUCCGAUCCCUGGGAGAGGAGACCAAUUGUUAGAAGAGAGAGUGUGUGGCUCGAGGACGAGCUGUUUGAGAUGACAAGAAGACCACAGGACGAACUGACCACAGAACUAUAACAAAGAAUAGAAUAGGACUAAGUAGCAUUUCUUCAAGCA